AGAAGCAAACGACGCCAUGGGCCGCUUAGUCCUCUCUCACUUCCUCACCAUCUCCACUUCUUCUCCUCGCCUCGCUUCUUCUCUGCGAGCCGGCGCCGGAGUUCAAAUCCGUCACUCGAAAGUAGCUACUUCAAUUCCUCAUAGUCCGCUUCGAAGCUCCUCCGCCGGAUUCCGGUGCUGCUGCAGCUUCUCCCUCUCGCAACCGCCGCCUGCUUCCGAGACCUCUCCGACCACUGUAAAGAAGAGGAUAGUGUCUGGAGUCCAGCCAACAGGUUCUAUUCACCUUGGGAAUUAUCUCGGUGCGAUACGAAACUGGAUUACAUUACAGAAUACAUAUGAUACUCUCUUUUUCAUUGUGGACCUCCACGCGAUUACGUUACCGUAUGAUGCACAACAACUAUCCAAGGCAACGAGGGAUACUGCCGCACUAUAUUUGGCAUGUGGAGUCGACACCACCAAGGCAUCUGUCUUUGUGCAGUCUCAUGUUCGUGCCCAUGUAGAACUGAUGUGGCUUUUAAGUUCUGUAGCACCUGUUGGAUGGCUUAAUCGAAUGAUUCAGUUUAAAGAGAAAUCACGCAAGGCGGGGGAUGAAAAUGUUGGUGUUGCCCUCUUGACUUACCCUGUUUUGAUGGCUUCUGAUAUUCUCUUAUAUCAGUCUGAUUUUGUCCCGGUUGGUGAAGAUCAAAAGCAGCAUUUGGAGUUGACACGUGAGCUCGCUGAUCGUGUUAAUAAUUUAUUUGGAGGACGAAAAUGGAAAAAAUUAGGAGGGAGAAAAGGUGCGCUCUUCAAGGUCCCUGAGCCUCUGAUACCACCAGUUGGAGCUCGAGUGAUGUCCCUUACUGAUGGUCUCUCCAAGAUGUCCAAGUCUGCUCCUUCUGAUCAGUCGCGGAUAAAUCUUCUUGACCCAAAAGAUGUAAUAGCAAACAAAAUAAAGAGGUGCAAAACCGACUCAUUUCCUGGCAUGGAAUUUGAUAAUCCAGAGAGGCCUGAAUGCAAUAAUCUUCUUUCAAUAUAUCAACUCAUAUCGGGAAAGACAAAAGAGGAAGUUGAACGAGAAUGCAAAGAUAUGAACUGGGGCACUUUUAAGUCACUCCUAGCUGAUGCGCUUAUUGAUCAUCUGAAUCCAAUCCAGGUUCGCUACGAGGAAAUCAUUUCUGACCCAGCUUACUUGGAUGGGAUUUUAGCAGAAGGUGCCACGAAGGCAUCAGAUAUAGCUGAUACUACUCUCAAUAAUGUCUACCAGGCUAUGGGAUUCUUGCGAAGAUGAGCGGAACAAAUUCUGCUGGGAGAAUCCAUGAGAGAUGACCAGUAAGAUAGUAACUUAAAGUUUGCUUUGGAUGACGGGUGUCCCCACCACAAUUUUUUGGGAGUAUAACAACCAUACUCAUUUUGGUAAUGAGUGGAAAGAUAUUUGAGGGAAAGGCCUCGAUUAUUAAUUGAUGGAGUUUCCACUGUC